UUUCAAAGAAUGUAUAAAAUGCAACCAUUUAGAUUAUUUAAAAAUAUUGUGGUGCUGCACAAUAAGUUAAUCACUUCACAUACUUGUUUUACAUUUAGUUGAGUUACAGCGUUGAGCUUUAUCAACAUGUUUCCCAGCAAGGUCUUAGAUUCGCUAUAUAGGUGAUUACCGUCUGUUUAAUACCAGGAGAGAUAUUAAGAGCGUCAGCAAUGUUCUUGAAAAUACUCUGGAUUUUUUUUAAAGUGUGUACGACGAGCGACAGAUAAGCGGUCCCAAGGCUUUUGGAGUAAAGGGAUGAAGUUAGACCUCCCAUAAUCCGGUCGGAUGCACCGUGCGAAUGAAACGGACAUUUCCCCACUGGUGUCCCCAACGCCCAGCUCCGCCUCCGGGCUACUGGUGACAAUUGAGUUUCUUGAUCCAGCUAAUACUUUUAAAGAGGAUCAAUUACUUGCGAGGUGCUAGAAUUAACUUUAACUUAGAGACGGAAAUUUCUUGGAGCCCGUAAAACUAUGUGAAACGCAAGACAAUGGCUUGGCUUGUACUGUUGCUGCUUUGGGUGCUUCGAGAUCUCGUUUUCAGCGCUAACUGCCCCAAGCUCUGCAGCUGCAGAACGGAUAAUCGUAUCAUUUGCCAGGAGAGCAAAGUCAAUCGUAUUCCAAACGAUUUUCCCGGAAGCGUCAGCGCGCUGACUUUUAAAUACACCAGUCUGAACAGAAUUCCAAGUGGAGCUUUCUCUGGACUCAACAACUUAUCAAGCAUCUGGAUGUUACAGAAUGAAGCUUUGGAGAAUAUUGAAAAAAAUACUUUUGUCAAUCUACCAAAUCUUAUUGAAAUAAUAAUUGAUAAAGCAAAACUGCUUGUGCAAAUCGAUCGAGGAGCAUUUGGAAAUCUUCCGCAGUUAAGAUAUAUGACCAUCACCAACACUGGAAUUAGGUAUUUCCCUGAUAUCAAAAACAUACAUUCUGAAGACUUUAUCCUUCUCGAAUUCCGAGACAAUAUAAACAUGCACAUCAUUCCAUCUAACGCUUUCCAAGGAUUAAGCUCUGGUACAUUAAAUAUAAAGCUGAUUAACAAUGACCUGAGAGAAGUACAGAGUCAUGCAUUCAAUGGAACAGAUUUAGAUCAGCUCAGCCUGGCAGGUAAUCAAAAUCUACAGAAAUUGCACGAUGAUGUUUUCAUGGGGGCAACGGGUCCAUCUGUUCUGGAUAUUUCAAGAACAAGCAUCAGUAUGCUUCCAGUUCAUGGCUUGAAGUCUGUUAAGAAGCUCAUAGCUCAGGCAACUUACAACUUGAAAAAGUUGCCACCUCUGGAUAACUUUGUGAAACUAAGAGAGGCAAGCAUGACAUACCCAAGCCACUGCUGUGCUUUUGAAAAUGAAAAUGCUAAGAAACAAAAAGACAUACAAUGGUCUGCAGUUUGUAACAAGCUCUAUAGCAACAUCAGCUCCCCAAGGGAAUUUGAGAUUAGCUCCUUGCAUACAAAGAGAUCUUUGCAGAUUAACUCAUCAUUACCUCAACAAUAUGCCUUUCUUGAAAAUGAGGCAUGGUUUGACGUAAAUGAAGAUGAACCCUUUUUUGACUAUGGUUUCUGCACAAAUGUGGUAGAUGUGAUCUGUUAUCCCAAGGCAGAUGAAUUCAAUCCAUGUGAAGACAUUGUGGGAAAAGACAUUCUAAGGGUCAUGAUAUGGCUAAUGAAUAUUCUCGCUAUUGUAGGGAAUGUUGUUGUUCUCAUAGUAUUAUUAACCAGUCGAUAUAAACUUACAGUCCCACGAUUUCUUAUGUGUAAUCUGGCCUUUGCUGACUUUUGCAUGGGUCUCUAUUUGUUACUUAUUGCUUCUGUAGAUAUCAGAACAAAAGGUCAGUACUAUAACUAUGCUAUAGACUGGCAGACUGGUGCUGGAUGUGCAUCUGCAGGUUUCUUCACUAUCUUUGCCAGCGAACUCUCAGUGUACACACUGACUGCAAUCACCCUGGAAAGAUGGCACACAAUAACUUAUGCCAUGCAGUUGGACAGGAAGCUCCGCUUGAGACAUGCUAUUGUGAUUAUGAUUGGUGGUUGGAUAUUUUCAUUCACCGUUGCAGUGUUACCUCUCAUUGGAAUCAGUAAUUAUAGGAAGGUUAGCAUUUGCCUCCCUAUGGACAUCAAUUCACAAGUCGCUCAAGCUUAUAUUAUUUUCAUUUUGAUUUUAAAUGUUGUUGCAUUUUUAGUUAUUUGUUUUUGCUACAUUAGAAUCUACUUAACCGUUCGAAACCCCAACUUUGUUUCUACAAAUAGUGACACAAAAAUUGCCAAGCGCAUGGCUGUUUUAAUCUUUACAGAUUUCAUUUGCAUGUCACCAAUAUCUUUCUUUGCUAUUUCAGCAGCUCUGAAAGUUCCUUUUAUCACAGUGUCUAAUUCCAAGAUUCUCCUAGUUCUGUUUUACCCAAUCAACUCUUGCGCCAAUCCCUUCCUGUAUGCAAUUUUCACAAAGACAUUUCGUCGAGAUUUCUAUAUUCUUUUAAGUAGGUUUGGCUGCUGUGAAAUGAAAGCACAGCUCUACAAAACAGAAACAACAUCAUCAAUUCACAAUUCCAAUGUAAGAAAUGGUGCAUUGGCCACUGCAUCACAGUUCGGUCAAGGAAUGGCUUACACAGAGCUUCUGGUAGCCAAUAAUCGACGACAGCAUGAAGCUCAAUCUCAGUUCUUAAGAAAUUAGGGAGAACUCAUAAUUAUUUAAUGGAAAAUGUGCCUCCCUAAUAUGAAUGCAUUUUGUUAGCCUAUAAGUAAUACAGUUUCUGAAGCAUUAUCUUCAGGAUAAAAUAUCAUUUUUUAAAUUUAUCAUAUGUACCAAGAAAACAAAAUUUGUUUAAUAAGUUUUUAAUACAUCUUUGCAACUGAGCAUUCACCACUAAUUUGUGGCAAAAUUUACAGGGAUGAACUGUGGUUAUACAAUAUGGAAUUAGCACUAGCUAAUUGAUGGCUUCCAAUCGUCUUGAGAUUUCUAAUUGAUUCAAGUAAUCUUCAAAUUCCCUUUUGUGCAAAAAGGCCAUAAAUACACUUGAGUUACUUUCUCAAUUCGAAAUCUGCUGGAGUUUACCAGAUUUCAUUUUUAUUUAUGCUGUCUUAAUGUAAGAUUGUGAAGUUAUUGUACUCUAAAUACAUUGAAAAAUGCUCCUUAAUAUUAACUGGCUUAUCAGUUCCAGAGUUUGAAUGUUUAAAACUCUUGCUUCAGAAAGAUCUUUUGCAAUGGAAUCAUUUAAGCAAGGCAGUAUAUUCUCAUGUGUGAUGACAUAAUAAUCAAUCAACACUGAAUAUAGGAUCCUUGUUUUAAAAUGAAGUUUGUAAUCACCUAGUCAAUGUUGAGUUCUGUUGUAUAAAUCUCAGUGAAAACUUCUAUUAUUAGGAAUGUGGGUGUUACCUUUUGCUUUAGGAUUUCUGCUGAGGAAGAAAAAAUAUCAGAAAGGAUGCUUGCUCCUGAUUCUAAUCUCAUAAAUAAGAUAAGAUUGUAAUCAAGAGUAAUUUGAAAGAAUAUAGUUAGACUCCAGUAAUCUCCUGGUUUAUAUUCAGAAGUAGAAAGGAAUAAGAUAGAAGAUAAAUGCGAAUUUCAUCAGCAGGUUUUUAAUUUAAGUUAUAGAAUAAGAUUUGCUUUUUAUAUUGUUGCAAAAGCACAUGACUUAAUAGUUGAAAAGAUUGAGAUUUUUUUUAUGGAUUACACACGUACCAUGGAUAUCUGUGCUGAUAAUAAACAACUACAUUGUCUUUGAGAAUGUCAGUGUAAAUAUUAUACUUGGGAAUUUAUAAUGCAGUGCAGCAGAUGGGGGAAGUUGUGCAAAAUCACAGAGUUAACAUAUCUGAGUCAUGUAUCCAUUCCUUUUUACAGAGGCUCAGUGUGAAGCAGUUAAAUACUAGAGCAUUCCAACACUAUAUUACACUUCUAUUACUUUUUAAUAUUUAUUACUUAUUGUAAAGGACCGCUAAAGAGCAUUAGAUAUUAUAUUGCACACUGUGGGCCAUUUAAUCCUGUUACCAUUACUCGACCUCAUGCUUUCCUUGAAUUUCAAAUCUCUUUACCUCCUUAAGCUUUCUCUUUCUCUAACAGUCUUAAAGUUUCAAAUUCCAUUCACAUCAGCUGAUUAUUUCUGCAUCUUAAUCUAUUUAUUGGAAAUAACCUUUAUUCUGAAUUCCACUUUUUGAAGUGUUAAUAAUUCUGCAUCGAAAAGUGAAUUAUCCAGGAAAACAAGAAAGAAAUUAUCCAGAAAAUAAAUAAUCAAAACAGAUUUCAUCCUCAUUGUUGAUAGCAAACAGGAAGCAAGUCAUCAUAGCUUCUUUUUUUACCCAAAGAAUCAAGUUAAGUCCUCAGCAAGCUUAGUUGCUAAGGAGAUACUCACAGCUGUCCUGAUCUACUUAAACUAAGAUUUAGAUCUGAUAACCUGCCUCUACUGGACUGGAUGAUGCCAGCCAUAAAGAGAGAAAAGUAGCUAACCCCUGUUUUUCUAAUCUUGCCAACUCUGUAGCUUCCCUGUCAUGAUUAUUAUUCAGGGAUGGUUUUGCACAUGGAUAAUUAUCACUGAGAAGUGGAUUGCCCACAGUGCUCUUUCCAUUUUGUUGAAUCUAUCUACAGGAAAGCUCACUAUUAUGUUUUUAUUUCCCUAGUUUCAUUUAGUUAUGUGUCACCAGGGCAGUUAUCCAAAAAUAAUUUGCAGUACAGUCUGAAGCAAUGGAUCUAAAGGUGAAUAAGAGGCAGUUAGAUUUCUAGCAGUUGGUCUGAUGUUGUCGUGAUUACUGUCCACCAGGUUUCCUGCUGCUGUUGAAGGUAUUGUGCGGUUAAAAAUAAAUGACUUUCCUCAGCAGGUUACAAAAGAAUGGCUAUGCUUUCAAAAACAAUUGUAUACUGUGAGGUGUACUUACUUGAGAUUUUUUUCUGACAUUUAAUACUGAAUAACUCAAAGAAUAAAGAUAAAACUGUUUAAACCUAACAAUGAGAAAGAUCAAUAUUAUUUUUAAAAACCGUACUUUGUGUAAGAAUAAAGUGCAUAAGCAGGAAUAUCAUUUAUCCUCUUCUAUUAAGUACUCCAGCAAUAACAUAGGGCUGCCUCAAAGAUUAAAAUAUACAAUAUCUAUUUGUUAUAUCUUAUUUAACAGGAUACUGAUUAAUCUGUAUAAUUCCCUUUCAUCAAGUACCUCACAGAACUUGCUAACCCUGAUGAGAAUACUUAUGUUAGUGACUUGGACUGGUGAGCUUGCAGGAAUUUGACCGCUGCGUUUUAUCAAGAAUACUUUUUAUGUUAGGAGAACAAAUGCACACUUAAAAAUACUAAGAACAUGAUCAGGUAACUUAAAUAGAUCUAAAGUUAAACUUUGCUAUGUUACACUCAACAAUGGUAAAAUCAAGAUUGUUCACAAAUAUCCAUUUGUUAUUUGAUUAUGUACUUUACAAUAGUCUAGCAUGUCCUACUCGGACAAAUUUAUCCCAAAAAUUGUCUUUAUCAUUUCCAAAUCUACUUUCAUGAUACUGAAUAAAUGAUGGUGACCUAAAAGGGACUGUAUUAGUUAAAUUAAUCAAUGUCAAAACUGAGAUGGAUCUAAAUCAUUAGAUUCCUGUGUAGUGAUAAUUAGCAAACAUUUUAUACGAUUUCUCUUGAACAGAAUUUGUAAUCCCAUAGUAGCAUUCACAUUGAUUGACACCCGAUGCUUUGCAUUACAUUACCAUGAUAAGUAUAAAGGUUUGAUAAGCAAUAUAUAAAAAAGCAACUUGUUGAGUUGCCCAGAAACCUCAAAACAUCCUCUUACAAAGACUAACAGAUCAGAACACCAUAAAUGAGUUGAUAACAAUUUUGUUGUGUUACAGAUGCCCAAAGGAGUUUUCUUUUCCUCAGAAUGGACAAUGUAUUCAAAGCUGUAGUUUAACUUUGCUUAAGCACAUACAAGGUCAAGGAAUUUAUUGAAAAUGAGUGCUGACUUGAUCAGCUUCAUGGUGUCAACAAAACUAGUUAUAGUUAAUGAUUUGGUUGUGUUAAUGAUUAUGAUGAGCAGUGACAAAGUCUUUAUGACACUUUUGUUUAGAGGACCGUGAAUUUGCUGGACUAUUUAUUACCCAUCUAUCACAUUUGUAAUCAUGCUACUGCAUCAUUGCUUUCAACUUGCCAUUGAACUAUCAUUCAGUAAAAUGAAAGCAUUUUGAAAGCAAUUAAACUGGAAACCAACAUAAGAAAUUGUGCAAAAGUUAAAAAGAAAGUUAAUGAACAUCUAUGUAAAUAUUCUGAAUGCUUUGUAAUGUUAGUGUUAUGUUGAAUGCCUUUCUCUGUGUUUGAA